AUGAGCGCCGCCUCCAAGAAGCUCUUCCAGGCCGCCAGGUCCCUCAUUCUCUCCGCUUCUCAGCGCUCCUCCGCCGCCGCCGUCAUCGCCGCCGAGGGCCGCACCGCCGCGCUCGCCACGCUCACCAACUUCGGCAGGAAGACCCUCCCCACCGCCUACUCCUACCACAGGCAGGGAUCCCACCACGCUGCGUCGGGAUGGGGAGCCAUCGCCGCCGCACUCCCGGCUGCAGUUUACAUGCUCCAGGACCAGGAGGCUCAUGCUGCAGAGAUGGAGCGCACCUUCAUCGCCAUCAAGCCCGACGGCAUCCAAAGAGGCCUGAUUUCUGAGAUUGUGAACCAAUUUGAGAGAAAAGGCUACAAGCUUGUGGCCAUCAAGCUGAUUGUUCCAUCCAAAGAAUUCGCUCAGAAGCACUACCAUGAUCUCAAGGAAAGGCCUUUCUUCAACGGGUUGUGUGACUUUCUCAGCUCUGGCCCUGUACUUGCAAUGGUGUGGGAAGGAGAGGGUGUCAUCAAGUAUGGGAGAAAACUAAUUGGUGCCACAGACCCACAGAAAUCUGAACCAGGAACCAUCAGGGGUGAUCUUGCCGUUGUUGUUGGAAGAUAUGCUUUCAUUUUCUUUUCAACGCACUCAUUGGUUUUGCAUUUCUUUGAUAGCGUCAUGCAAGCUUAUUACAAGUUAGGAUUCCUUUGUACUCACAUGCCACCACUUGAACACCAGAAACAUCAUUCAUGGAAGUGA